AUGCCGCUGUUUGAAGGUUCUGUGGAGUCAAUGUUGGGUUUCGAGGAAGAGAUGAUGAGUGUUGAUCAUGAGAUUUUAUCCUCCUCAUCAUCAAACAGUUACAAAUUGGUGCCAUGGUUGAGUUGGGAGGAGUGGGAUUUCGUCAGAGAAUCCCUCUUCUCUUCUUCUGCAGACAAGGUUGCCUCUGCUCUUAAUAGAAUAUCAACAUGGAAAAGCAGAGGGUGCCUGCCUGUUGUUAUUGAUGUCACAGCUUCAAUCAUUGAGAUUCAACAGAAAGAUCCUUAUUACAAAGAUAAAGAGGAACAGCCCACUGAUGUUUUAGAGUCAGAGCAAUUGCUUGCCAUGCUGUAUUGCAUGGCAAUCUUGAGGCUUGUGAAUUGUGUUGUUGAGAAGACACGAAGAAAAUCAGAGUUUUCAAUUGCUGAGGCUGCUGCUGCAAUUGGUAUCCCACGUAAACUGAUUGACGUUCGUCAUGAGGGUUCUCAUCGUGAUCUCCCUGCACUACAAGUGGUUCGGGAUUGCUCAGACAAGGCGUUGGAUUGGUUGAAAGCUUAUUACUGGGAGCCCCAAAAGAAGCAGAUUCCAUUUCAAAGAGAUUCAACUGCUGACAUACGAAGAGAUAUUCAGUCUAAAUUCCAGGAAUUGGCUUUCUGCUUGAAAUAUAAGGAGAAUACCCAAGUUGGUUCAUCAUUAGUAAAAGGAAAACGUUCUAAGAAGAAAGUGGCCGGUUGCUUGAAAACUCUUGUACAGUUAUACUCUUCAUUCUCAUCAGAAAUUGUAUCUGUGUUGCUGGAGUUCUUGCUGAACGCUUUAGAUUUCUCAAAUUUGGAGUUUCAAAACAAUUCCCAUGCUGUCCAAAAUAUACCCAUGGCAUUCAAUGAUUGGAAGCCUGUGUUAACUAGAUUCUCGCAUAAGGAGCCAGAAUUACUUCUGACCCUUCUUCAUACAGUUCUUGAUAUGAUUGGAGACGCAGAAGCCAAUAAAUAUAAGACUGGGCAACGAAAUCAGACAUCAUCAGAAUAUAAAACAGAGACUCGUCCAGUAGAACAUCUUUCUUAUCUGUUUGCUUGGCUAGUUGGACUUCUAAGGAGACUAAAGCCUCUUCAGAACACAGAUCCUGCAGCUGAAUUCAAAGUCUCUGCUGCAGGGAAAAAUAUACCAAAUGCAGUUCUGGUGAAGCUCCUGCGUAAAUGUCUUCUAGUGCUGCCUACAGGCAACAAGCUGCUUAUGGAUUCAGCCAUGCAGUUUGCACAGCUGCUGGGAAAUACCUCUUUAUUAGAGAAACUCAACAAGCUCUCUUCGAUAUAUUCGCCACAUAUAGAUUUUAAUGAAGAAAACUCUUCUUCCCUCUUAAGUUUCAAGAAGCUUGUUCUCCAGCAUGACGACUUCAUCCAUCAAGCAGCUAAAAAGCUCGAGUUAGUUAAACGUCUCAGGAUGAAGAGCAAAGUUUUGAACACAGCUGAUGGUAAGGUGGAAACUUCGAAUAGAUGGGCUGUGGCAAAAUCGUAUAACUCAUGUCCAAUUGGUAUGUUGCCUCGUGAUCUUGGAUCAGCUGGCUGUCUUCCUAUUCUUGUCUGCUAUGAUAAGAAACAAAGCGAACCUGAUCUAUCAGAAAGGAAAGAGAGGUGGGAACUGAGCCUAUAUAGCAGCAAGAGGGAAGCUAGUUUUAAUAUUCAGAUGUUAGAUAACUCAAGGGUUAAGAAGAUGAAAGCAACAGUAGAAGGUUGUGAAAUGAACAACAACAAAAACGUUUCAUCAUUUGAAGGUGCCGAGGGCCAUCUGAUGAUCGGGGGUGUGUGGAAGAAAGUUGGGGAAGAAGAGCUGCAUUCUAUCGAGUCUGGUGUAAGGAUUCUGGUUUAGUUAUAUCUCAACUCCUACUUUUUUUUUUUUUUUUUUUUCUUUUUUUCAGUCAUGGAAUUUAUUUAUAGUGGUAACAAAAAAUGUGUCACAGCUCCAAUUUUGGUUUAUAUAUAUGUCAUUCCAAGUGA